AUGGUCGGUCUUAACAAAAGACGAGAGGAGGAGCUCUCUGACCCAGUCCUCACUCGAAUGGUUGAGGAGGACAAAGUUAUCUGGUACAAAAAGUCCAACCUCCGUUUUCUCUACCUUAUGCUUUUUCCAGCAUGUAUGGCAAUUGAAAGUACCUCCGGAUUCGAUUCUCAAAUCAUCAACACUGUCCAGAUCGUUCCUUCGUGGCAGAAGUGUAUGUCCUUUGCCAUCUUCCCCUUUCCUCCUUCACUAACUACUCAGACGUUAAUUUUGUUAUUUAGAUUUCGGACACGCUACGGGAAAGAAACUUGCAGACGGCGCACUCGAAUAUGCAGUUGAAGAGAACCUGAAAGGUUUCCUCGGUGCGGCAUAUAACCUUGGUGCUAUCCUAGCUUUGCCUUUCGUGCCAUGGCUCAAUCAAAAAUAUGGGAGAAGAUGGUCUGUGAUAUUUGGCUCAGCACUUAGUAUCGUAGGCGCGAUACUUCAGGGAUUCUCGAAUGGAGGUAAGCACUUCAACCCCUCCUUCUCUUUUUCAAAACCUGACUGGGAAUAGUGGCCAGUUAUAUCAUAGCACGAAUGUUGCUCGGCUUCGGCAUCCCUUUCUGCAUCAUUGCGGGAGCUGCUAUGAUUGGAGAACUCGGUUACCCCAAGGAACGACCUAUUUUGACUUCGCUUUUCAAUGCUUCAUACGGAGUCGGUCAGAUUAUUGCUGCGUCUAUUGCGUUGGGAACGGUCAAUAUACCGAAUGAUUGGGCGUGGAGAAUCCCUUCACUUCUUCAGAUUGUGCCUUCUACGAUACAGAUAUGCUUUAUCUUGUAAGUAUUGCUCCACCUAACAGUUUCAGAAUGAACAUAAUACUGACCACACCAGCUUCAUCCCCGAGAGUCCCAGAUACUUGAUCAGUAAAGACAGAAACGAUGAAGCAUACGCUAUCCUCGUCAAGUAUCACGCUGAAGGCGACCGUGAUUCCAUAUUUGUGAAAGCAGAAAUGGCACAAAUUGAAGCUACACUCAAAAUUGAGAUGGAAGUUGCGAAACAAUCUUGGUUAGAUCUAUUUCGAACCUCAGGAAUGCGUCGUCGGUUGUUAAUCACAUCUUUUCUCGGCUUAUUCACCCAAUGGUCUGGGAAUACAUUGAUUUCGUGAGUCCCAACUACAUAUAAUUCGCAUCGAGUGCUAAUUUAAAACACAUAGAUACUAUCUCAACGACCUCCUCAGCCUCGUUGGAGUCACUGACAAAAUCGUAAAAUCCAAAAUCAAUGUUGGAAUCGCAUGUUGGGGCUUCGUCUGUGGCAUCGCCUGUGCUCUCACAGCAGCUCGAUUCAAGCGUAGAAAAGUGUACCUAACUUGCGUCUGCUGCUUGCUUCUUAUUUACUCCGGCUGGACCGUCUCAAUGGAACGAUACUUGAACACCAAAGCGCACGCUGCGGCAGUUAUGACAGUCUUCUUUAUCUUCAUUUAUUCGCCUGCUUAUACUCUUGGGUAUAAUGCUCUUACGUACAGUAAGUCAAAUCCCUCCACCAUUCAUAAGAGACAGGUACUAAUGAUACUCCUCAGCUUACCUCGUGGAGAUCUUCCCAUACGCAGAACGAUCCAGAGGAAUCGCCUGGUUUCAAUUCUUCGGCAAAGGAGCUGGCUUUUUUGCCACAUAUGUGAAUCCCAUUGGAUUGGCGAGAAUUGCUUGGAAGUGGCUGUUGGUGUACUGCGUAUGGCUUAUGUUUGAGAUCGUCUUUAUUUACUUCCUGUUUCCGGAAACGUAUGGACGAACCUUGGAGGAAUUGUCGUUCCGUAAGUGUUCCAAUGUCCCAUGGAGCCAAGGCUUGUCUGAUGUAUGGCAGUAUUCGAGGGAAGUGAGAAAGCGGAGAGAGCCGUCAUUGCUGUUGAGAAACAGAUUGAUGGAGGAAAGGGAGAGGCUGAAGAGAGCAAGGGUGGAGAAAGUAUGCACAUUGAGGAGACAAAAACGAGAGACUCUAAGAGUGUGGCUUGA